AUGGGUACUUCGGGCCCCUUUCUUGGUAUUUUGAUGCUAUGCAUCAUUUGUGCUAUUUUCCUAGGUCUGUUCUGGUCUCGAGAUUACAUCAGGCAUAUCAGAUGGCAACGGCAACAAGCCGCCCGGCAGAGGCGAGAAGAAGAAGGGCAGCUCACCCCGUCAGACGCCAGCCUGACUGAGCUUUCCAUCGUGAGCUCGGCUUCAUCGUCACCCGUGUACGAGCCUGAACCCAUCUACCCUCCACCACAACCCGCACCUCGACCUGCCGCGGCAGGGUAUGCGAGACAACCGGUUCCGCCGUCCGCUCUCAACGCCGACAGCAGUGCCACGGUUGCGUCUUCUUCGAGACUCAGGGCGACCACUACUGUCUAUCACUACUUCGGCGAUACUCGUUCCGCUUUAGCGGGCCCCUCAUCCACCGCAACCAUCAUAUCCGAAGGGUCGUCGGCGUCAAAGUCACUUCCCCCUCCGUAUGCCAGCAGUGAGGAAGUCGAACUCCCAGUGUACGGGACCAGUCGAAGUUUCUCAAGAAACGCAGCAGUCGAAGCACAGAAUGCCUUCGCUGCCGAAGAUACCGAUACUAGUUCCAGAACUGGUUUCGAAGAGAGGCGAUCAUCAACACCGCCGACGCCGCGACCACGGGCUCCUACGCCCGCGUCAGAGGCCCGAAUGACGACACCGAUGCCAUCGGCAGCCGCACCGGCAACACCAGCAAUGGCCCGUAGACAACGGACAUUUGUCCUCGACCCCCCAGCCACUCCCAUCAUUCGGCCACAAAGAGCGAGGGUUGCACCUCAUCAAAGGCUGAGAAGGGAGCGUCAAGCACUGGCUCUUGAGAGACGAUACCCGAUCUUGAGGACGUUCCAGUAG